GUUGCAUUGGGAUUGAUUCUCAAAGGGCAAAUAAUUGAAUAUGGCUUCUUCAUGUGCAACAAUGGCCCAGCCCAAGACUAUCUCGAGCAUUAACCUUCUCUUCAUGUAUGUGUUGCUAAUCUGCUUGGGAGGAAGAAUUGCAACGAUGGCUGCUGCAACCGGCGACUAUGAAAAUGGGAAUGAACAUGUUGGAGUUUGCUACGGGCUGCUCGGCAACAAUCUGCCAUCCCCACCAGAGGCUAUCCAACUCAUCCGGUCCAAGGGUAUUAGAAAGGUGAGGCUGUAUGAUCCGGACGCCGGCGUCCUCAAUGCUCUGAGGAAUACAGGAAUCCAAGUUAACGUGGGUGUGAGUAACGAUGACCUGAAAAGGCUCGCUGAGGAUCUGGACUUCGCCAAAGACUGGGUCCAGCGGCACAUCCUGGCCUACCUGCCGGAGGUUGACUUCCGGUACAUCACCGUCGGCAACGAAGUCUUCGGCACCACUGCUGAAGUGCAUGCCCAAUACGUCGGUCCGGCCAUGGGUCACGUGUACGACGCGAUAUCCUCGGCGGGUUUGCAAGGCAAGAUCAUGGUGACCACCGCCGUUCACAUGGCGGUGAUGGGCACAUCCUACCCUCCAUCCGCCGGUUCUUUCUCCGACAGAGCCGCUCCCUUCAUGCGUCCCGUCGUCAAGUUUCUCGUCGACACCGGCGCGCCCCUGAUGCUGAACGUCUAUCCCUACUUCACCUACAAGGGCAUGCGGCAGAACCUUCCCUACGCCCUCUUCACCGCCAACUCUGACGUGGUGUACGACGGGCAACUGAGGUACAGGAACCUGUUCGACGCCAUGGUCGACUCCGUCUACUCCGCCUUGGAAAGGUAUGGUGCCGGCCAAGUCCGCAUCGUGGUUUCGGAAAGCGGCUGGCCGUCCGGUGGGGAGAACGAUGGCUUCUCGACCAUCGAGAACGCCCGUACCUACAACCAGAACCUGGUGAGGCAUGUGGCACAAGGGACGCCCAAGAGGCCAGGGACGCCCAUCGAGACGUACAUCUUUGCACUGUUCAAUGAGAACCAGAAGACUCCACAGGGCACUGAGAACCACUUUGGCCUCUUCUAUCCCAACAUGGUUCCUGUCUACCCCAUCGAUUUCUCUUGAAAGUGAAGAUCAUGUGAGGAAGGUGUGGGUGUCCUUCUUGGUUUGAAUAACAAUAUGUCAAACAA